UCUUUUAAAUAUUAGUAGACGUUCUUUUGAAAGAAUCCAAUGAAGAGCUUUUUUUUUUUUUUUUUGAUUGCUAGAUACGUAAUUCCAUGUAGAAUGUAAAUGCAAAUAUCGCUAUAUGUAUAUCGAAUCGAAGAUUUAAGGAAUAUAUGUAUGUAAAUCCAAAUGAAUAAACGAAGUAUAUAUUAACAUUGAAUUGAUUUUAUACAAACUUAAUACAUUCUAAUUGCUUUUUUUGUUACCUUUAAAUGUAAAUGAAAUAAAAAUACCAUUUGCUAUAAUAAAGUGUUUUUAUUUGGAAGCGAAAACUAAAAUCAUAUUAAAAUUACGACUAAAAAAAGAUCUAGUUCGCUAAUAAAAUUCGUUAUGUACCUUGUAUAAUAAAGUGUUUCUAUUUGGGAGCCAAGCCUAGAAGAUAUUGGAAUUACUACUUAAAAAAUUAUCCGGUUCGCUAAUAAAAUUCGUCAUCUAUAUCGGGUUUAUAUUUUAUUAAAUUAAAAGAGUUUCAUAUCCCUGAGUUGUCAACUGGUAACUAGUUUUUAAUAUUGCCCACGCGCUGCUUUGUUGAGUGCAAACAGGAGAUAAGGCGUAGAUUGUCGAUAAGGUAGUCAAAUGCAAGUAUCAACAAAAACAUUCCAUCUGUAUAGUUUUGUGUUUUAAUUUUGUGUCUAUCAUUUUUAUAUUUAUUUCUAUAUUUAAUAUCCCACAGUUCGGACAGUUCUUUGGAUAUGCUUUCGGGUUGGUACUGCCGCUCUAUGGCGAAUCAGCAAGCUGCUCAAACCGACGAGACCGAUCCCAAUGUGGACGAUGAUUCUGGUUCAGAUGAUGACAGUCAAGAGCAACAGCAAACACAGUCUGGUAUAGGUAUUGGUAGUGGUAAUGGCGGAGGAAAUAGUUCCGGUGCACCCAAUGCCGUGGAUUAUAAGUCGCAGUACCGGUAUCUUAAACGCAAGCUUAAGUUUCUAAUUUAUGAAAAUGAAUUCUUUCAAGAUGCUCUGCGUUCUAAUCAACGGCGCCUUUUGAAAGUGUCCCGUGAUCGAGCAUUUUUGUUAGAUCGUUUAUUACAGUAUGAGAAACCCGAAAACACGUCCUCGGAAAGUGACGAGACUGAAUCGUCGGAAGACGAAGCUACCAAGGAAGCAAAAAAGCGUAAACUUGAACAAAACACAGUAACUAAUCCCGGCGGUGGUGUAAGUACUGGUUCCACCCGCGGACGCAAAAAGAAAGUGCCACAAGUUCAACCGAGUGAAAAUUCUCAAACACCUAAACCGCAAUCGGUUGACGUUGUUAACCAACACCAUCCAAACACUGAUUUGGAACAAACACAGCAAAUGCAAAUGUCCGCGGCAGAAGUGGAACGACACUUACAGUCUCGACAACAUGUCAUAGAGCUAGUACAAGAUCGUGCACCAGCCACUGUGCCCACAGAAAUGUUCAGCAAUGAACCCUCACUAGAUAGUGAAUCUAAUGACCAUAUGAUGGAUGGUUCUUCUCCUACUCAUGUUGCGGCCGAAGAAUGCGUACAAAUGGAAUACACAAACUAGAAUUUUUUGUCAAAAAAUUCUUUACACUUUAUUAACGUUUAAAAGAAUACUUAAGAUAUUAAUUACAAUUACAUAAUGUUUUAAAUACCUUAAA